UUGUCAAGAGGGCUUUUAUUGUGAACUCGCUGACCGGAAGUGAUGUAGCAUCAUUAAGACUAGCUUGACAGUGGUGUGAAGAUGGCGGCGUACAGUCGCACUCAGCUGCUGCUGCUGCUGUUAUCGUUACUGGGUCUCUGCGGCUUCGGCUCCGUCCUCGGCUCGAAGGCGGCCAGCGGCCCGGCCGAGCCGCCCAACCCGCCGGUCAUCAGAGCCGCAGAUCCCCCGGCGAAGGAUGCACCUGCCGCGGCUGCUGCUGCCGCUGCCGCCGCUGGGGCCUCACAGCCUCGAAGGGCGACCGGUUGGAAGCUGUCGGAGGAGGAGGCCUGCCGGGAGGACCUGACCCGCCUCUGCCCCAAACACACCUGGACCAACAACCUGGCCGUCCUGGAGUGCCUGCAGGACCGCAGAGAGGAAACUGAGAUUGCUCCCGACUGUAACCAUCUCCUGUGGAACUAUAAACUCAAUCUGACCACAGAUCCAAAGUUCGAGUCGGUGGCCACGGAGGUUUGCAAAAGCACCAUCACUGAGAUAAAGGAGUGUAACGAGGAGGAGCGGGGGAGGGGCUACCUGGUGUCCUGCCUGGUGGAUCACCGCGGCAACAUCAGCGAGUACCAGUGCAACCAGUACAUCACCAAGAUGACCAGCAUCAUCUUCAGCGACUAUCGGCUGAUCUGCGGCUUCAUGGACAAAUGUAAAGAAGACAUCAACAGCCUGCACUGCGGCAGCAUCAACGUGGGACACAAGGACGUCCACUCCCAGGGUGAGGUGAUCUCCUGUCUGGAGAAGGCGCUGGUGAGGGAGGCGGAGCAGCAGGAUCACGUUCGGCCAAUCAAAGAGGAGUGUCAGAAGGCGAUCCUGCGGGUGGCCGAGCUGUCGUCGGACGACUUUCACCUCGACCGGCAUCUGUACUUCUCCUGCAGAGACGACCGCGAGAGAUUCUGUCAGAACAUUCAGGCAGGAGAAGGAAAAGUCUACAAGUGUCUGUUCAAUCACAAAUUUGAAGAGGCCAUGUCAGAAAAGUGCCGUGACGCCCUGACCACCCGUCAGAAGCUGAUCUCUCAGGACUACAGAGUCAGUUACUCUCUGGCUAAAGCCUGUAAGCUGGACCUGAGGAAGCAGCGCUGCAGCCUGGACACCAACCUGCCGCGAGCCCGCGAGGCCCGGCUGUCGUACCUGCUGCUGUGCCUGGAGGCUGCUGUGCAUCGCGGUCGUCCGGUCAGCGGGGAGUGUCAGGGCGAGAUGCUGGACUACCGGCGGAUGCUGAUGGAGGAUUUCUCUCUCAGUCCGGAGAUCGUGCUGCACUGCCGGACAGAGAUCGAGGCUCACUGCUCCGGUCUGCACCGCAAAGGCCGCACGCUGCACUGUCUGAUGAGGAUCGGACGAGGCGACCGCAGCACCACCGUCGACGGCGUCUGUCAGAGCGCCCUGCAGACUUUGAUCCAGUCUGCUGACCCCGGUGCCGACUACCGGAUCGACCGAGCGCUAAACGAAGCCUGCGAGUCCGUCAUCCAGACCGCCUGCAAACACAUCCGCAACGGAGACCCAAUGAUCCUGUCGUGCCUGAUGGAGCACCUGUACACGGAGAAGAUGGUGGAGGACUGUGAACACAGACUGUUGGAGCUGCAGUAUUUUAUAUCCAGAGACUGGAAGCUGGACCCCAUCCUGUACAAGAAGUGUCAGGGCGACGCCGCCCGACUGUGUCACACACACGGCUGGAACGAGACCAGCGAGCUGAUGCCGCCGGGCGCGGUCUUCUCCUGCCUGUACCGCCACGCCUACCGCACCGAGGAGCAGGGCCGCCGGGUGAAACCAGAGCAGGUGUUAUCUCGGGACUGUAAGGUGGAGGUUCAGAGGAUUCUCCACCAGAGGGCGCUGGAUGUGAAGUUGGACCCCGAGCUGCAGAAACGCUGCAUGACGGACCUCGGCAAGUGGUGCAGCGAGAAGACGGACGCUGGACAGGAGCUGGAGUGUCUGCAGGAUCAUUUGGAGGACCUGGUGUCGGCCUGCAGGGAGGUUGUGGGCAACCUGACCGAGCUGGAGUCAGAGGACAUCCAGAUUGACGCUCUGCUCAUCAGAGCCUGUGAGCCCGUCACCCAGGCCCACUGCCACGAUGUAGCCGAUAACCAGAUCGAUACAGGCGACCUGAUGGAGUGUUUGGUUCAGAACAAACACCAGAAGGAGAUGAAUGAGAAGUGCGCAGUCGGCGUUACACACUUCCAGCUGAUCCAGAUGAAGGACUUCAGGUUCUCCUACAAGUUCAAGAUGGCCUGUAAGGAGGAUGUUCUCCGCUUGUGUCCGAACAUCAAGAAGAAGGUGGAUGUCGUCAUCUGUCUCAGCACCACGGUGAGGAACGACACGCUGCAGGAGGUGAAGGAGCAGCGAGUUUCUCUGAAGUGUCGUAAACAGCUGCGGGUGGAGGAGCUGGAGAUGUCGGAGGACAUUCGUUUGGAACCAGAGCUGUAUGAUCCCUGUAAGUCCGACAUCAGUCGUCUGUGUCCCAACGUGGCGUUUGGUAACGCUCAGAUGAUCGAGUGUCUGAAGGAGCAGAAGAAGCAGCUCAGUCAGCGCUGCCACCAGCGGAUCUUCAGGCUGCAGGAGGUGGAGAUGAGCGAUCCCGAGCUCGACUACCAGCUGAUGAGAGUUUGCAAACAGAUGAUCAAGCGGUUCUGCACCGAGGCGGAUGCCAGGAACGUCCUUCAGUGUCUGAAACAGAACAAGAACAGCGAGCUGAUGGAUCCCAAGUGUAAACAGAUGAUCACCAAGAGACAGAUCACACAGAACACAGACUACAGAUUGAACCCGGUGUUGAGAAAGGCUUGUCGAGCCGACAUCCCAAAGUUCUGCCAGCCCAUCCUGAACAAGGCGAGCGAGGACAGCGAGCUGGAGGGUCAGGUCAUCGCCUGCCUCAAACUCAAAUACGCCGACCAGAGGUUGUCUCCAGACUGUGAAGACCAGAUCAGAGUGAUUCUCCAGGAGUCAGCGCUCGACUACAGACUGGACCCACAGCUGCAGAUGCACUGCUCAGAUGAGAUCUCCAGGCUGUGUGCGGAGGAGGCAGCAGCUCAGGAGCAGACCGGUCAGGUGGAAGAGUGUCUCAAAGUCAACCUGCUGAAAAUCAAACAGGACACCUGUAAAAAGGAAGUCCUGAACAUGCUGAAGGAGAGCAAGGCCGACAUUUUUGUGGACCCAGUCCUCCACACAGCCUGCGCUCUGGACCUCAAACACCACUGUGCCGCCAUCACGCCCGGCAGAGGACGACAGAUGUCGUGUCUGAUGGAGGCGUUGCAGGACAAAAGAGUUCGUCUACAGCCGGAGUGUAAGAAGAGACUUCAAGACCGCAUCGACAUGUGGAGCUACGCCGCCAAGGUGGCGCCAGCGGAGGGCUUCUCCGACCUGGCCGUGCAGGUGAUGACAUCACCCUCCAAGAACUACAUCCUGCUCAUGAUCGCCCUGAGCGUGUGCGUCCUCUUCCUGGUGGGGCUGCUGUGCGGUCGGAUCACCAAGCGGGUGACGAGAGAACUGAAGGACCGGUAGAGGGCGAAACACUCGGACCCCUCGAAAAAGACUGACUCCUCUUCCUCCUCCUCCUCCUCCUCCUCCUCCUCCUCUCCCGGAUGCUCGGUCUAUAACCAGCCAACCUGCACAGUGCCAACGCCAGUACCCACAUCUGGAACUCCUAUGUUUUAUUGGCUGCUGCUGAAUAUUUGCAUCAAAUCAAAAACCCUUAAAUCUCCAUUUGGGCAUCUCCAAACUCCCAGAGAGCACUGACUGUCGGAUUGGAGCAUUUUUUUUUGUUUUGUUUUUUCCUUUGAUGAUCGCAUCGUUUCUCCCACGGAAUUGGCUUUUGCCGAGGACUUCGAUUGGGGUCGGACGUGAGGUCGUCCGGCAUCUUUUAAGUUUCUAAAUGAGCGCUGUUCAUGAUGUGACUGAGGGCUGCUGCUUCUGAGGUUAGGGUCGCUUUUCCCCUCGUUGAGUCCUGAUGCUUUUUGUGAUAUUUAAUGGAGACUGGAGCAUGUAGAGCAACAGGACUUUGUUUCUUUCUAAGUGACUGUGGCUGCCUGAGACGCAUACGGAGCAACUUGAAAUCUAAGGGGUCAAAACACUGGGGUUGAAUUGUGUGAUGUUACUGUUGCUUUUAAACAUUUCCUCAUCGGUCCAGACCUCCCGUCCUCUUCACUCCUGCACGGGAUCAAGUCAACAGGUACGACUCUCUACAUUCGGACUAGUUCAGCCACCUAAAGGAAAUUCUUCUAGAUAUCGUCAUCACGAUCUGUGUAGUCUCUGUUCUCUGUUGCCUUUAACACAAUCAGUCAUGUAACACACAAGAGGCUACAUGUUGUAAUCGGACGACCUGCCAGUGCACAAACUCUUUUUUUUUUCUUUUUUUUUUUUUGUGAGGGAGGAAGUGAUUGUUAACAUGGAUGCAGCAUUUAACCAUGGGACUGUUGGCGUUCUCUGCAUAGGAAGUUCCUUUUCUUAUUUUCAAAAGUCCGAUUAUUUGUGUGUUGACGGCAUGCAAGAGGUUAAAACGCAUCAGUGAACCUGCGCUGAGCUACUAACACAUCGGGCUGCGUUCCCUCAGGCCUUAAAAAAAGGGGCACUUUGUAGUGUUGGAUUGGGAAUUCAAACUCAAGAAUUUUAAUAUUUACAAUUUUAAUGAGGUAAUACUACAAUAUAGAAAUAUCUAGUUUUUUCCUGUAACUGAAUAAACCAGCUGUUCUCAGAGGAAUGUAAGGUCCCAGAACUUUGCGGCUAGAAAGGUGGCAGGGUCCGCCACAUAUAAACAAAGUUAAACAGUAUGAAACUGUUGUGUUUUAAGGUUGGUGUGUUUAUUUGGUCAUGCAAAUGGAUGGAGUCGAUUAGGAUCUUUCUCUUCAUUGAUUAAACUGUCUUCCCCAAAGCUACACAGUGCUCCCUUAACGUCAGAUUCUGCAUUUAUACUCUAACAAUCUGCAUGUAAACAUACAGUAGACAAACUUCAGUCAAAACAUUUUCUGAAAUGGGCACAUAUAAUUUAGAAAUGGCAUGUCAUACAGGGUCGGAGGAAACUUUUUGUUUGUUUGUUUGUUUGUUUUAAUUAACCCGAAGACAAUUAACCUAGCCUAGCAUGCAGACUGGAGGUGGCAGAGACAGCCUGGCUCUGGCAAAAGUUACGAAGACACCUCUUAACACCUUUUUAAAUCUCUUAUCAACGAGCUAAAUCUCAUUUGUUUUACCCAAACACAAGCAGAAAUGUGAGCGUUCACACAGUGAGUGGUGGGUUCAUUGGAAGUUUUGCAAUGGAUCUAUUUUUUGGAAGGGUUGAACGACUUGUCCGAGGUCAGGCUGGGCAAUAUAUCGACACUGCAUCAAUAAUUUAAUAGGAGACUAUUUACAGUAUAGUCAUGAUGGCGGAUAUCAUUAUAUCGUCACAUGGCGUGAUUGUUGUCUUUUCCUGGUUUCUAAAAACUGCGUUACAGUAAAGUGAUGUAAUUUUCUGCACUUAGGCGGUUCCAGUACUUGCCUUCACACACUAUUAAUCUGAUGAUCUAUCAUAAAUCUCAUUGAGUUAAUAUUUUGUCAAAGUUCCAACAGUCAUCCUCACAAUAUUGUUGCAAUAACAGUAGAGGUCUUUCAUACAAAAUAUCAUGAUGUUUGAUUUCACCAUUGCACCGCCCAGCCCUACCAUGAAGUUGCCAGGCAACCAAUGGAAAAGUUUACUUACGCAGUGUACUAAAUAUAAACUGUUGUACAGAAAUAGGUUUUAGAUUUCUGUUUGGGUUAAACAAACAAGCUACAACAUGUAAGCAGUGAUCUUUACAGGCGAGAGCCAGGCUAGCUGUUUCCCUCUGCUUCCUGUCUUUAUGCUAAGCUAAGCUAAUUUCCUUCAGACAGCUCUUGUGAAACCACUGUGCACCACCAAAUGUCUUGUUCUGCUCACCCCCACGUGGCCAAAAAAAAUCUAUUUAUCUCAGCUGAAGCAGCUUUAAGUUAUGAGAGGGAAAAAAAGUGCAGCAUCAGGGAGAACCACAGUGAACUGGAGUGUUAUAGAUCAAAGUUGCGUAUGACUGAUUGUGAUAUAGAUAAUUCUGACUUAUUUCCACAUACGAGUGUUGCCUGAAGCUUGAACUGGCUGAUCAGAUGUUCAUUUGCACUUCUAUAAUACAUGUACGUGACGCAUUCGAGCAAAAUAUCCGUCACUUGUACCAGGGGACGUGAAGCUCUUACUAGAAAUGCAUCAAAUCAUUAUAAUAAAGCAAGAGGAAACGUUCUGGCUUCACGCUGAUGUUACAACAAUCCCCCCCCGAUAGAAAAUAAUCACUCAGCAUUUCACAGACAUUCAAGCCAUAAGCAUAUUGUUGUUUUUGUUUCAGGCUCAUGACUUGUAACUUUAAGUGUAACUGAAGAUGCAUACAUGAUUGUUUUUGGGGGGGUUUUUUGGUCGUUCUUUUUGAUUUAUGAAUAUCUGACAUUUGAUUUUGCACUUUACUUGUCUGCAAUGCUUUGACGUUUGUUUGCUGACAUGAGCUGAUUGGACAGUGAGCCUCGUUCAUCUCAUUCAUUUGUAAAAAGAUUUCUUAAAAAAAAAAAAAAGCAACCACGCCUUUCUGUCAGCAAGAGAUUUGCAGCUUUUGGCUGCAUGUAACAUUUGUGAUGCGUGGAAAAAUAGAUAAAGUGAUCACAGUUUUUUUUUUCCUCUCAUUUACAACAGUUAAUGCAGCUGAAGUUGCAAGUCAGUUGCGAACACGUUCUCAAAGGAUUUCAUGUGAAAAAAGCAAAGGUCCUCUACCUGGAAGCCGAGCCGAUCGCUCGUCUGACAGAGGCCAACAGCUCGCCGCUUUCAGCUUUUCUAAAUGAUCUUUGUUCCUGUAUGUGGCAUCAGAUUUAACAGGAAGUAAAGGAGAAUAUCAUAACCGGUUCUGUGCGCAAGUCUCUACGUGUACGAACCUUAUCAGUGUGCAGUUUGUUUCUUUUCACAUUAUGCCAUGUAAUAUGACGACGUAACAGAUUUAUCAUUGUGAGAUUUGAUUUUGCUGUACAGAUAAAAAAAAUUUGUCGAUUUAAUAAAAUUGUCUGCAGAUUUUCAUA